UCUUCUUUUUCUUCCUCGUCUCUCUUCUGUUGCGAUCUAUCUCUAUCUCUAUCUCUCUCUCUCUCUAACUGCGCGGGGGCGGGUGUGAAACUUUUGGCGGGAAAAUGUCGGGGAAAGGAGCGAAAGGAUUGAUAAUGGGGAAACCUAGCGGUAGCGACAAGGACAAGGACAAGAAGAAACAACCCAUCACCCGCUCUGCUCGAGCUGGUCUUCAGUUCCCAGUAGGUAGGGUGCAUCGACUAUUGAAGACAAGGUCCACUGCUCACGGAAGGGUUGGUGCAACCGCAGCGGUUUACACAGCAGCCAUACUCGAGUAUCUGACCGCAGAAGUUUUGGAGUUGGCUGGUAACGCCAGCAAGGACCUCAAGGUGAAACGUAUCUCCCCAAGGCACUUGCAGCUUGCCAUCCGUGGAGAUGAGGAGCUUGAUACCCUCAUCAAAGGUACUAUUGCUGGUGGUGGUGUCAUCCCUCACAUCCACAAGUCUCUCAUCAACAAAUCCGCCAAGGAAUAGAUUUCUUCUUGCUUUUGCUUCUCAUGUUUCUUUCUUUUUAAGUAUUACGAGAGUCUGUGUGUGUGUGUUUGAUCAAGACGCUAGAGAGAGCCUCUUUUGUUAGGAAUCUCGUUUGUUAUUCUUCCAUUAUCCUCCCUCUACUUUGAUUCCUGUCGAGUUAUCUUAUCUUUAUUCAUAUGUAUUCAGUGAUUAUCUAAAAACCCAUAUUUCUGACUA